GAGGACUCUACGCGCCUGGAGACACUCCACUCAGUGCCCCGCGGCACGGUGGCGGAUGAUACAGGCGUCCAUUAGAGUACGAGUCGGACGACGUUGGUCCUCCAUUGAAGCACUGAUAGCGAGCAUCGGAUCAAGGAUCGCGCAAGUGUCAAGAAGCGUCCUGGGGGGAGGCCGCGACCAAGAUUCCUGAACAGACGGCCACACGAGGUGCUCGUACCUCGGGCGCCCACGCGGGUCAGUGAUCCGUGCAGGCGUCCGAUGGCGGGGUGAUCGGGGACCACCCCACAUCGCCUGCACUGGAGCAGCAGCACGCAGCCGUCAGGAGAGGCGCAUCGCUCUCACCGCUGCCAUCGCCACCGCUUUCUCCGAGCAGGCUCUCCACAGCCGUUCUGGCUGGCGCCCCACGCGCUCACGCCUCAGGCCGUGACGCCCAGAUGGCGCCCGCAGCGCUCACGCCCGUAGCGCCCGCCCGAGACAUGCCGAGGGAUGCAGCGGCCGGCCGCUGCGAAGCGCCAGACCCCGAGCGCUCGCAGUUGCUCGCCCCCGCGGCCUCCCGCGCCCCGGCGGCGGCGUGGAGCGCGUGCGCGCGGCGCGCGCCGACCGUUGCCAUGGCCGCGCUGCUGGUUGCCGUUGCCGCUGCGUCCGCGUGCCGCUCGGCCUGGGCGCAGCAGAGGCCGGGCGGCGCCAGAGGGGCGACGGCGGCCCAGGAAGUCACCGGCCUGGCCGAGGAGAGACACGGCCUACAGGCCCCUGGGCCGCUGAGUCGGGAGCGGUUGGAGAAGAUGUCGACGAAAGAGCUGUUCGAGCUCGCGAAGAAGCUCCAGGAGGAGGUGUCAGAGUUCGACGACGGCAUGGGACCCCCCUUGGAAGAGGACCCUUGUAAAACCCGCAAAGAAAUUGCACGCCGGCUGAAGGCCGCGAGACUCCGUGAGCUACAGGCCGAGAUGGAGAGUGAAGAAGAGAAGCAAGAGGUCGAGGGGCUUCUUGAGAACGGGGCAGUUCUGGAAGAGGAAGAGGAAGACCCGUGCUCAAUGCACGAGGAUGACUUGGUGCAGGUAGACGAGGCCUUCGACAAUCACGUUGAAACCACCGAGUCGGAUGGCCAGGGAGACCUGGAUGAUGAUGAUGAUGAGGAGGAGGAGGAGGAGGAGGAGGAGGAGGUCCAGACUGGGCAUUCUGCCGCCCGUGGUCGCACCUUCACGGAAACCAGCACCAAGGACCCCAAUUCGACGCACCAGCACACGCAACUGUCGGCCAGCGCCAGGUGCUCUGCCAGCCACGAGGACUGCAGGUCCACGAAGUGCUGCUCCGAUGCUGGGCUGCAGUGCUACGAGAAGAGCGAGUGGUGGGCAAUGUGCCGGGCCCGCUGCAUCCCUGGCGUGGCCGACCCUGCCGACGUCGACCCCGAGCACUGGAGCUGCAGGAAGUUCGGCGAGCGCUCCAAGGGCAGGCCCGUGGAGCCGGGGGAGUGCCACGGCGUCCACGACAACUGCAUGGGCUCGAAGUGCUGCAAGGACCCUGGCUUCGCCUGCUUCGCCAAGAACGGCACGUUCGGGAGGUGCAUGCCGGAGUGCGCCCCCGGGCCCCAGUACUUCGACCUGGACGACGGCGACCCGUGGAGCUGCCGCCAGGUCGGGGCCGCGGCGCUUUCCACCGUCGGCAAGUGGACGGAGGCGAACUGCACCGGGGACGCGGACGACUGCCGCGAGAGCAAGUGCUGCGCCACCAGCGGCCUCCAGUGCUACGAGGUGGACGGCGAGGCGGCCCAGUGCAGGCCGAGCUGCUUGCGGGAGGACGGCAGCCCGUGCACGGAGCUGGGCUACCGCACCCCGCCGCCCCCCGCCGAGCUGCCAGACGGGCCCCUCGGUGGGAAGGUCGGCUGGUGGGUCGAGGGCUCGUGCUCCAAGGACGGCGAGGACUGCAGCGGCACUCUGUGCUGUGUUGGCGCGGGGAUGCAGUGCUACCAGAAGGACAGCAAGCACGCAGCGUGUGCAGGAGAGUGCCAGGCGAACAGCACCUGGACGUGCAAGGAGCUUGGCACCCGAAGCUGGGGUCCGGCGUGAAUCCCGGGGCCAGCAUGGACUCGUACCAUCCGCGGGGUGGUGGCGUAAGAGACCCUUGCGUAUUGAAGAAUUCGUGCCAUUGACCUGGCGCUCGCGUAACGGGCCGAAGAGCAGGCCUUAGAGAAGAGUAACGUUUUAGAUGCCCAUUAGCACUUGCCACUCUUCCUGGGACGUGCGGCAAGCACGCAGACGCACUUUGUGAAAAUGCGGCGACACCGCGUGCGCAAAUAGGAUCGCAUUAGGCGUUUCGCGGAUAGGGGCCGCCAUACCUUGCGUGUUCUCCUCUGCAAGCUGUUGUUUCGCAAUUAUUGACGCUUCGCGUAUCUCCACCAGCCAACGGCCGGCGGGAUGGAAUAUUCUGCCAUCGUUUUUAGUUGGGCCCCGUCUUCCCUGGCAGCGCUAAAGCAGUCCGCUCGCACCAAGGUGCGCUUCCAAGCGCUGUGCUCGUGACUAAGGAUGGCGGCCUCUUUGAGGAGACAGUUCUACGGAGAAGCAGCACAUGCAACCGCAAGUCUCUGCUUGCAGACCCGUCGCGACCUCAUGACAUACGUGGCCACUGAUCCCUGCGAACGCUUGAUCGUUGGCAGACGUGUCGCUUGCAUCUUAGGUCAGCGCCUCAUAUAUUUGAACAUCGAGCUGGCGUCUCGCAUCCGUGGGUGAUGUCCAGGAGACGCGACGGAGGUAGUUAUGGAUGACAUCCGCUACCCCAGCGUCCCUCGACGAUGCCCGAUGUUGUCUGUGCUUCCAUCUGUGUGCCGAGCACAUAAGCCCCUUCUAAUCGGCUCCUAUCGCGCCGUCACGCUCGUGGGGUGGUGUACGUUGGAGGAACGGAGGAGCAGCAUCAUCAUCUGCAUCUGUACAGCAUGGGUAUUUUCACGUGUUCCGACGCGCACAAGGCACGGCGGCGAAUGAACGGCGGCGUCGCGCGCACAGUGUGCGCAACCAACGAGGAGGAGCCAG